AUGGCUCGAGGGGUGGCAGUGAAGUCGAGUGCGAAGAAGAAAGGAGUGGCGUUCGUGAUUGACUGUUCUAAACCAGUUGAUGAUGAGAUCAUGGAGAUCACGCUUGAGAAGUUUCUUCAGGAACGAAUCAAGGUCGGAGGCAAACCUGGAGCUCUUGGUGACUCCGUUUCCAUUACAAAAGAAAAAGGAAAGAUCACCGUCACUGCCGAUUCCAACUUCUCCAAACGGUACUUGAAGUAUCUGACGAAGAAGUAUUUGAAGAAGUACAACAUCCGUGAUUGGCUACGCGUGGUUGCGUCGAACAAAGACAGAAACAUGUAUGAGCUAAGAUACUUCAACAUCGAAGACGAUUCAGCUAGUGAUGAAUAA